CUGAAAUAUCUAUCAUACGGGUAGAAAAUAUUAUGAAAAUGUUUCUUGAGCUUUAGAUAUUUAUUGAAUCGUGGUGUUUAUUUUUAAACUAUGAAAGAAAUUGAAAUUGAACAUUAUGAUUACACAUUCAAAUUCAACUACGACGAUUGUGUUUGUAUGGAAUUGAACAUUAAUGAGUUGCAAUAUGAACAUUUCUUUCAAAAUUAUAUGCAAAAAAAUAUACCUUGCAUUAUUAAAAACGUCAGUUCAACUUGGGAAUGCGCAAAAAAAUGGAUAAAUAAUGGUAUAAUAAAUUAUGAUCACUUCAAUGUUAGUUAUGGUAAUUUAGAAGCACCUGUCGCAGACUGUAAUAAAAUAACAUAUAAUGCACAUUGUAAGAGCAUUAUGAAAGUGAAUGAUUAUAUAAGUUAUUUAAAGAAAAAUGAAAAAGAAAAGCUUCUUUAUCUUAAAGAUUGGCAUCUGAGAAAAAUAAAACCCAAUGAUGGAUUUUAUGAAGUUCCUUUUAUUUUUGCAUCUGAUUGGCUCAAUGAAUAUGCUUUAGAUCAUAAAGAAGAUGACUUUAUGUUUGUAUAUAUUGGUCCAGAAAAGUCAUGGACGCCUUUACAUGUAGAUGUGUAUAAUUCAUAUAGUUGGUCAGUAAAUAUAGUGGGUAGAAAAAAAUGGAUAUUAUUUCCACCACAAGAAGAAGAAAAACUAAAAGAUUCAUUAGGAAAUUUACCAUUACUAUUCAAAUAUGAAAUGUCUGAAGGUAUAAAAUAUUUCGAAAUAAUACAAGAGCAAGGUGAUGCAUUAUUUGUGCCAUCUGGUUGGCACCAUCAAGUAGUUAAUUUGCUAGAUACAAUAUCUGUUAAUCAUAAUUGGAUAAAUGGAUGUAAUUUAGAACUAGUAUUUAAAGCACUACAAAAUAGUUUAGUUUCUGUAGAACAUGAAAUUCAAGAAUUUAGAGAUACUUCUGAAUUUUAUUCUCAGUGUCAAUUGAUAUUGAAAUCACUGUUUGGUAUGGAUGUUACUACUUUCCUAAUUUUUUUGUGUAAUAUUGCUAAAAAGAGACUUACUCAAAUUGGUGGUGAAAAUGAUAUAAUAUUUGGAAAAUAUAAAUUAGGAAAAAAACAUAUAAUGUUUGAUUUAAAUGUUAUAUUAAAAGUUAUAAAUACAAUAUUUGAUCAACACACAUUUUUAAAUAACUAUGUAUCACCCAGUAUUAUUAAAGAUUUUCUCUAUAUAAAAAACUUAAUUUCACAACAUCCAGAUUCCAUUAUGUCUUAAUAAUAUUAUUCAUGAAUAAAUUAGCAUUGGAAUUUAUAAAUUGGACUUCUGACUAGCAUAAACACAGCCUUGCUUAAUUAAAUCAUUAAUUACAUAGUCAUCAUACCCCAAUUCUUUUAACACUUGAAUUGUAUGUUGCCCUGGUUGCGGCAAAGGCUGCAAACCAACUGAUAUUCCAGGCGUAUUUGAUAGCCCUGGGGCUGGCUUGGGUACAAUUGUAUUAUUUGCAUUUCUUUUGAAUAAAUUAUCAGAAAUGUAA